CUUGACCUGUCCCAUCGCGGAGCAACAGACGGCCACCGCGAUGCAAUUUCCAGUAGUAGCUUCUAGCUGAGUCGAUUGAAUACUCACGCACAUUAGUUGAUGCAGCAAUACCAGCAUCACGUGUAUUGAGCUCAAGCCACUUACAAUAGCUAGUCGAGUUCUAAAUAUUCACUAUAAGCACCUACGUCUCUCCUUGAAGACUUCAGAGUAGAUUAAGUUUAAAGGUCGAGGGGGCAGUUAGAGUAUACUUCAUUUUCAAGCGGCCGACAUUUCAUAGUGCUUUAAAAACGAGUCCUGGAAGGCGAGCCACUAUGCCCCAGAUACAGAUCGAAGCAAAGACAGCAAAUCGCAUCUUGACAAACCUCCAAACCGUCCACUACAGCCGGCCAACGAUCCAUAUUACCGCGCCCUGUUGGAUAAACGAUCCGUGUGCCCCAGGAUAUGAUCCAGGUACUGGGCUAUAUCACGUCUUCUUCCAAUGUAAUCCUUAUGGCACUGAAUGGGGAAACAUGUCGUGGGUUCAUGUAACUAGCAAAGACCUUCUAACCUGGAAUAACAUGCCAACCCAGCCCGCACUAAGUCCAGGUAAAGGGUAUGAUCAAGAUGGGGUCUUUACGGGUUGCUUUGCUCCUGUUGCGAAUGCAAAUAACAAGCAACUGACGGUUUUCUAUUCCUCCGUGUUCAAGUUGCCUUUUCAUUGGAGCACGCUGCCAUACCCACGGAAUGCAGCAGGGUUGGGCAUAGCAACAUCGGAUGAUGGCGGAUCAACAUGGGCAAAAUCACCCGAUAAUCCAAUACUAAAUGGGGAACCUCAAGAUGUUGACGUGACAGGUUUUCGCGACCCGUAUAUUGCAAAUUGGCCUGCUUUGGAUCGACUUCGUGGGAAGAAUGGGAAAUCGCUUUAUGGUCUUGUCUCUGGCGGUAUCGCGGGUUUAGGUCCGACUACAUUUCUGUAUGAGAUCCAGCCAGAAGCCUUAGGGCAAUGGGACUAUCUUGGUUCUUUGGUGGAUUUAUCAAUCAGUUACCAGCCCUCUGAGAAGUGGGGUGGUAAUUAUGGUAUCAAUUGGGAAUGCACUAAUUUCAUGACACUCGAAUCCAACUCGGUAUCGCGGGAGUUUCUCAUCAUUGGCGCAGAAGGGGAAGUUGAGCGUGAUCACAUUAACAAUUCCAUUUUCCCUGCGGCUACUUCCCCGAGGACAGUAAGGCAGCAGGUCUGGAUGUCCGGCAACUUGGUUAAGAAAGGAGACAAUAUCAAGCUCCAAUUCAAAUUCGGCGGCAUUCUCGACCAUGGAAGUUACUAUGCGGCAAACUCUUUCCUCGACCCUCUGUCGAAUAAGCAGAUAGUGCAUGGUUGGAUCCCCGAAGAGGAUUGCACGGAUGAACAUGCUCGAAGAAAGGGAUGGAAUGGUGCUUUAUCCAUCCCACGCGAAGUGUUCCUUCUCUCGAUCCCAAACGUCAUUAGCGCACUCAGCAGCCAAAUUUCUGAGAUUACCUGCGUGGAACGUCAGUUAGAACCGAACGAUUCCACAACAUUACACACGCUAGGCAUCAGACCCAUCUCAGAAAUGAGCCGUCUGCGCGAUAAUUGUUUCUGGUCCUAUGAGAAGAAUGAGACUUUCCUGCCUCGACCAAACUCAAUACAGCAUGAACAUCUAGCCGUUACCUCGACCCCAACAUGGGAGCUCCAAGCUACAAUAUCAGUAGCGACAGGUUGUGAAACUGUAGGAUUUCACCUGCGCUACAGCAAAGACUUAUCGAUUCGCACCACUGUGUUUUUCUCUCUCCUCGCCGAAACGAUCACCGUAGAUCGCAGCGCCUCAACAUCAUACAAAGACAUCAAUAGAUUCCCAGAGAAGGGACCCUUUACUCUCUUUAAAACCCGAGACCCAUCUACGGGUGAGGAGGAACAAGAGCGACUUCGGAUCCGUAUCAUCUCGGAUGGAGACAUUCUCGAAGUCUAUGCCAAUGAUCGCUUUGCACUUGCAACAAUGGUGUAUACUUGUGAUUAUGAGGGCAAUAAUGGUAUCGCUGCAUUUGCAACGGGGUUGGACAACAGUGCAAUAUUCGAGAAGAUUAGCCUCUGGGACGGAUUAAAUGGCAUGGAACCGUUGGGCCAAGUACAGCUUAAAAAUUAGAGUUUUAGAAUAAAUAAUUAAGAUAUACCAAAUCC